AUGAGAGCAUUUACGCCGCCCCCCAUAAACGCCCAGGAUCCUCACCUGGGUGGAUCCUUCUGCGGUGGCAUCAAGGGGCCCCUGAAACGAAAAGGCGUUGCAGAGCUUGGCGUCACCAAGCGAAAGGAGAAAAAGAAGGACAAAGACAAGGCAAAACUCCCGGAAGCGAUGGGAACGAGCAAAAAGAAUGAGGAGGAGAAGAGGCGCGGCCUGGACAAGCGAACCCCGGCCCAGGCGGCCUUCGAGAAGAUGCAAGAGAAGCGGCAAAUGGAGAGGAUCCUAAAGAAAGCAUCCAAAACCCACAAGCAGAGAGUGGAGGACUUCAACAGACACCUGGCCACCCUCACGGAGCACUACGACAUUCCCAAAGCCAGCUGGACGAAGUAGCCUCCGCACCCAGGGUCUGGAGUGGCAUCAAGGGGAAGUGGAAGGCAAAGUUGGGGUUAUGUUUGGUGCCUUUGGUCUUUUCUAGAAACAUACUUUUACACACACUCUUGCGUCUUCUGCUGAGACAAGUGCUUUCCAAAGCAGUAUGCCCUCUUUCUGGAACUUGAUUAAAGUAAUAAGACUGUCCUUUUACUCUAUUUUGGCUUGUCAGUAGCACAGACGAUAAACCUUUUUAGUUUGGACUGGAAAUUUUUGCAAGUUUACCCAGAGAUUAAGGUUAUUUCUGUGUGUCACAGAAAAGUGUCUUUACCUCCCAAGUUGCGCCUAACUCUGACAGUCAGCCAGCUCUCUUUCCCCGGAUGAAACAGACUCCAGAAGAUG